AUGCUCUUCCUUAACCCGAGCCACAUCAUGCCAAGCAUGAUUGGACUUCUCUCAUUCCUCUCAGUCACUGUCCCAUUCGUCAACGCGACCCCAAUUGUCUCCAAGGUAGUUUCACUUGCACCUCGCGCCGAUCCUGGAUUUACAUGCCACAUGGCUCCUGAAAACUACUGCACCAUCGGUAUCACUGUAACUCCAUCGAGGAUCGUCGAAGAACAGCCUGAAUAUGGAUUCAUGGAAUCGGGUUUCAAUAUCGACAUGGCCAGCCGUCUUCCAUAUAAGAUUGUCGGAACACUAUCAGCCGGAGAAAGUGCCAUGGAACGCAUUGCAACCAACCCCAGCAUUUGCUAUGCUGGUAGAUGUUGGGGAUCAAAUGAUCCUUGCUGGUACAUUGUCCCUAUCGGCAAUGGAAAAGACCAGUGGCAAAAUGUUUGUGUAUUCCAAUGCAACAAAAUGAAUACCCGCCGAGACAACACAGUUGAGGCCAUUGAUGAAGCAUCAGUUGAUAUUAAGGUUCUUGACGAACCAAUCGAGGCUCGUGAUGGAGAAAUCAUUGAGACUCGUGAUGGAACAAUCGGUCGUCGAGGAGAUCUUUGCCAUCAUGCCGAUCCUGGCUACUGCACCAUUGCCGUCACAGUCACACGUUCAAGACUUGCUGCGGGAAUUACGGAUGAUAUGGUUUACCUUUUUGAUAGUUCUUGCCGUCAAAUUGGAGGCAUGUUUUCGCAUCAAAACAUUAAUAUGGCCAGUCAACUUCCAUAUAAGAUUGUCGGUCACAUGGCAUUUAACAACCAACGUCUUACCGCCUUCCCUGAUUUCUGCUAUGCGGGAAGAUGUACCACUGCGUAUAAUGGUUGCUGGAUUCAUUCCGAUAUUGGCGAUUUUCAAUGGGUCAAUCGUUGUCAAUUCCCCUGCAAUUAA